CUCCCAUCCAACUAACAGGUCCCGGAGAGGCAAAAUAAUCUCUAGGUCUAAAGCAGACAGACAGUGCUAUGGCAACUGCCACCCUCAGCAAACUCCCUCAUUCCAAACAAAACAAAAGAGGCCAGGAACACGACGCAACUAAGGACAAGAAAAUGCCGCGAUCUCACAGAUCUUCCGAAGGAGAAAACCCGACGCAAGUUCUGCCUGGGAUAAGCUACAACGAUGCAGCUACGAGCCACCUGAAAGUAGCUAUAAUAAACAAGGAUAACUCUUGCGGUGAGAUAACUACCGAAAGAGAAAUCCUUGUUAAAAAGACACUGAUGGGAGAGCUGGACAAAACAAUGUUGUCCACCUCCUGCAGCAAAACCAAGCCACCCACAUUCAGGUCUUGGUCGUACUCUGGUGUAAUUAUCAGAGUAACUUGCGACGAUGACCUGACGUUGGAAUGGCUAAAAACCAAGGUACUAACCUUAAAAACAUGGGAAGGAGCAACACUCGCUGUUGUAAGGAUGGACGAGCUCCCCAAGCUCACCAAAGCCUCUCUCUGGAUCCAAGGGGAAGAGAAAGCUGACCUUGACGAGAAAAAGGUUGUGCUCAGAAGACUUGAGGGGCAAAACCCAAACUUGCAUGUGGCGAAAUGGUGCACCUUCCACCAUGAAAUCAAAAAAGACUCUAAGGGCCAUCUCUUCAACAUCGGAGACGAAGACAUGGGAACCCUAAAGGCCAAAUCAAUAAGGAUGAGCUAUGAGUUCACCUCAUUGAUUAUAAGGCCAAUGGUCGAAAAAGAGGCUGAAGCGGGGCCCAGUAAAGACUCCUUAAUAAAUUACCCUCUUUCCCCCCAAUUUAAGCCAACAAUGGAGGACGUCGAGCAAGAAGAAAUGGCAAUCGAUGACCUUCAGCAAGAAAAUUCCGAGGAGCCACAAGAGACCAACAGAGGACCAGGAAGCAAUAAAAGAGGUCAUGAAUAUACAAUGUAA